GACAGUUGGCGUCAAGGCGACUAGCAGGUUACAAAUUUUAACGUUCGGCCUCAAGUUCUCAACGAUCCUGUCCUUUUAGAUCCGCAGUUUAGAGAGCGAGGGUUUCCAACGCUAACAAAACCCAAACGCUAGUACGGGGGUCCAGUUGUGGAGACGGGGGUUUCCAAAUCCACUCGCUUCCCUGCUAGCUUUGCUUGCUUACAGUGACUAUUAUGCAUCCUUCUUAUCGAUACAGCUGUUCAUGCAAAUAAGUGUAUUAUUUUGAAUAUAUAAGGUUGAUUUAGAUGUACUCGAGUAAUUUGAAAGGCUUUAUUCUGGCCAUGGUUUCCAGCGCCUUCAUUGGAUCGAGCUUCAUCAUCAAGAAGAAGGGUCUCCGCCGGGCCGGGGUCAACGGCCCUCGAGCUAGUGUUGGAGGGUAUGGCUAUCUUUUAGAGCCUCUAUGGUGGAUCGGGAUGAUUACAAUGAUUGUUGGGGAGAUAGCGAAUUUUGUAGCGUACAUAUAUGCACCUGCUGUGCUGGUGACGCCCCUUGGUGCAUUGAGUAUUAUAGUUAGUGCUGUUUUGGCACAUUUCAUGUUGAAGGAGAAACUCCAGAAAAUGGGGACGUUGGGGUGUCUUCUUUGUAUAGUGGGAUCUACAGUGAUUGUACUCCAUGCACCUGAAGAGGAAUCUCUUAGUUCUGUAGAACAAAUCUGGGAAUUAGCAAUCCAACCAGCAUUUCUAUUGUAUACGGCCGCUGCGGUAGCUAUAACGUUGGUACUGGUCCUGCACUGUGCUCCUCGCUGUGGCCAAACCAACAUAAUGGUUUAUAUAGGAAUAUGCUCCAUAAUUGGAUCUUUGACAGUCAUGAGUAUAAAAGCCAUUGGUAUUGCAAUUGAGCUCACAUUAGAGGGCACAAACCAGCUUAAAUACUUUCAGACAUGGAUUUUUGCAAUGGUUGCAAUUACCUGUAUCAUUACCCAAUUAAAUUAUCUAAACAUGGCAUUAGAUACUUUCAACACAGCUGUUGUUUCUCCCAUCUAUUAUGCCUUGUUCACAUCUUUUACAAUACUUGCCAGUGCAAUAAUGUUUAAGGACUAUUCUGGUCAAAGUGCGAGCAGCAUAGCAUCUGAGCUUUGUGGCUUCAUAACUGUGUUAUCUGGGACAGCUAUAUUGCACAGUACACGAGAGCCAGAUCCACCAAUCAUUACAGAUUUGUAUACACCAAUAUCUCCGAGAGUAUCAUGGUACAUCCAAGGCAAUGGGGAACUCUGGAAGCAGAAGGACGAAGAUGGAUCACCCCCCACUUUUAUCACAAUUUUGCGGCAAGACUAUUUCAAGUAAAAGAAUAUGCAACUCAGUAUGGUACAUCUCAUCUCAAUGGUUUGGUAUGAAGGAUCAUCCUUUUGUGACACUGCAAUUCUUAAGCAAAAGUGAUGGAAAGCCCUGCGGACAAAAAUUUUGAGUAGGCGUUGGAUCUCAGCCACGUAGAUUGAGAUUCCAUAUAUGCUCGUGCAGGCCCAAAACUAAAAAAUUACAGGCAUUUUUGGCGGACAUUUUAAGAUCCUUUUCACCUUUUUUGGCAUGUCGAGUCAAGUCUUUUUGGGUGCCAUCUUGUGAAAUUGUUCUGUAGCAAUAGCAGCCCUAAGCGGUGAUUUCUUCUUACAUUCACUCUUUUCCCCCCUUUUGUUUUUGUUCUGUUCUGUUUUCUUCUUGUGGCUUUUAGUUUCAUUAAAUUUUUUUGUAGGACAGAAUCUGGUUCCUGGCGCGCAGGCUUUAAGAAUGAAUUAAUUCUUGUAA